GUGGGAGAGGGUGAUGUACGCGUUACCUGUUAGAAGGUGUGGCCAAACGGAUUGCGCUCAGCGGCGAUCGUCAUUGAUCACUGGCGAGAGCGGGACAACAAGACGUUGGCAUUCGUCGACAAUGGCUGGGAAAGAGUUGACUCAGCCAUUGAGCCAAACGUGUAAACAAGAUGGCAUGGCAUGGGCAACAACUCGGCCAAAGAGAAAUAGAGGUAACAUCUCGCACAGCGACUGCUCGCAUACCAAAACGCAAGCACGGCUUGUGAUGGUUGAACAAAUUAGCACCGACCAUCAAUCAUUAGCUAGGGAACGGUGGCAACGCAAACAACGUAUUCGACGGCGGCCCAAACUCGACGACGGCAACUCGAAAAGUCCCACAAAAGAAUUCGGCGCAAGCGUUGAGCGAUUCUCUAUUCUCUAUUCCUUCUGCAGUCUGAUUAAUCGGUAUCUGUGAACUACUUUUGAGCUGUGGACGGGAUCCAUAAAUCGAAAAACUCGAAAAAGAAAACUAUUUAAAUAAUUGCGUUCGCGAUUGUGUCUGCUGUGUGUGACUUAGUGCGUGAUACAAAAAGCUGAUAACACCUAAUCUAUUAUUACCUCCUAAAGGGAUUACAAGAACAAGCACCACCGGUGCGAACCGGACAAUAUUCACAAAUUAUUUGACAUGACCACGUCGCACAUCUUGUCCGCCGUGGAUCCCACAACCGGACUAAAUGGAAAUGUGGCAGCUGGAGGUAGCGGCGCUGGUGGCAACGGUGCUGGUGGUGGCAAUGGAGCUGGAAGUGAUUCGCCCUCUCCACAUCACGCAGGCCACAAUGGACACGGGCACGGACAUGGGCAUGGACAUGGCCAUGGCCAUGGGCUAGGGGUCAGCGGCAGUUCAGUUGCAUUGGGCUCAGCUGGCGGCGGAGGCGGCGGACAUCGCAUUGUCGGCGGUGCGGGCAGCCCCAAUGAACUGGAUCGCAAUCUCCGCGUCUCGCUGGAUGAUCGAGAGCUCUGGCUGCGCUUUCAAAAUCUAACCAACGAGAUGAUCGUCACCAAAAAUGGCAGGAGAAUGUUUCCGGUUGUGAAAAUCAGUGCCUCCGGCCUGGAUCCGGCAGCCAUGUACACGGUCUUACUUGAAUUCGUGCAGGUCGAUACCCAUCGCUGGAAGUACGUGAAUGGUGAAUGGGUGCCUGGUGGCAAGGCAGAGGUGCCUCCCUCGAAUCCCAUAUAUGUGCAUCCCGAGUCACCGAAUUUCGGAGCCCACUGGAUGAAGGAGCCGAUUUCAUUUGCCAAAGUCAARCUGACAAACAAGACCAAUGGCAAUGGUCAGAUAAUGCUGAACUCCUUGCACAAGUACGAGCCGCGCGUUCAUCUGGUGCGAGUGGGCUCCGAGCAGCGCCAUGUGGUCACCUACCCGUUCCCAGAGACUCAGUUCAUUGCGGUGACUGCGUAUCAGAACGAGGAGGUCACUUCACUCAAGAUCAAGUACAAUCCAUUCGCAAAGGCCUUUCUAGAUGCUAAGGAGCGCCCCGACACGCUCUACCCCCACGACACCCACUAUGGCUGGCUCAUACCCCCGCCCACGCACUACACGAGCGCCGCUGCGGUUGCCGCACCACCACCACCGCUCUCCAUGGCACAGACACACGCCCUAGUGGCACCGCCGUCUGCAACAUCCGCCUCGGGCAACGGCUCAGCCAGCUGCGAUCGCUAUGGUCGCUCCCUUUCCACUCGCAGCUCGGCGCCCAAUCGCUCGACGCCCUACAGUCGGCCGCGCGUCGUCUCUGGCUCCGGCUCGAAUGGAAGCGCAAAUGCCUCGUCCUCCUCGCCGCAGCCCCCUUCUGCUCCGCAAACACCCACCAGUCUCCAGUCGUCCAUUGGCUCGAUCAGCACCAGCAGCGGCACCAACACAAGCGCCAGCGGCAGCGCCGGCAGCAGCGGCGUCACUGGCUGCUUCAGCAGUUCCUAUUCGCAGUCUGGCUUCGUGCCCGUGGAAGCGAGCUCGACUGCAUCGGUAUUCUCGUAUCCCACCAGCUGGCAGAGCAACAGCAACUACUGGAGUCCGACCAGCGUACCCGGUCCCAUGCCCGUGAGCGUGUGCAGCAGCCGCAAUAUAUCCACACACAAUUCGCCUUCACCCACGAAUGGCUCGCCCAGCUAUACGACCCCAUCGCCUGGCUACACAAUACACCACCUGACGCCGCAUAGCCACCAGUACAACAUGUCCCAAUCGGAUCUCUACGCGAGUGGAGCAGCCUGCUCGAGCUCUCCGCAAACCUACGGUGCACCUGCACACCAGGUCUACCAUCCGACGCCCACCUCACCCACCCACCAGCUGUAYCCGAACGUGCUGAACGCACCCUCGGCGCUGAGCUACCCGACCAGUGGCUGGCACAACGGCUCCGGCGCCGAGUACGGGCUCUACCAGAACGCGGCCGCAGCCUAUUAUCAGCCGGAGUAUAUACCGCUCGAGAUAGGCUAUGCCACCCAUCCGCUGGAGCCCGUGGACGUAACGAAGGCGCUCGAUGAGUCACAGUCCGCCAUGUACAAGCCAACGGAGGAGCAGACCUCGGUCAUCACACUGGAGUGCGCCAGUGCCAAUGGUCUGAAGAGCGCCCACAAUCACAGCAACGACAUCAAGCUGGAGACUCUCGACCACAACGUGGAUCGGAGCACGAUUCCCCACGUGCCCUUGCCCGUCUCCUUGCCCGUGCCCAGCUCCCUGCCAGCAGGGGUGCCCACGUCCGUGGUCACAGCUGUGACUGCCGACACUUGGACACCGCUAACACCGCCCCAAAGCACUCUGCAGUGAUGCUCAGCUAAUUACACAAAAA